UCGGUUAGAUCAUCCAUUCGUUCGACUAAAUUCGAGUUUUGUUGGCUUUUGGCGAAGUGACAGAGGACAUAGCGGAAAGGAAUCGACAAUGGCCCACAUGGAGUACAAUCGUCGCGAUGCCCAGGCAGCGGGAUUCAGAUUGGGAUUGGGUGGUGGCGAUGCGGACAAUAGUGCCCUGAUGCGUCGCCCCACCGUGGUGGUGCAACGUCAAGGUCAGAGGACCGAACCGGUGGCUGAGUCACCCGUGGAGUCACCCCGCUCGAUGAGGCCUCCUAGCCAGCAGCAAGCUGGUCGGGAUCGGGUGGUCCACUGCCGGGGAUCGCCUUCCUUAUCCCUGGCCACAUCUACAACUACAACCACAUCCACAUCGCUAUCGAAAUCCACCGAUCACGGGAGACCCAAUCAAGUGGUGCGCUUUUGCCUGCGCCUGGGCUACAAUGCUCUCCUGUAUCCCUACGAGUUUGCCAAGGUCCUGAUCCAGCUUGGCCACGAGCCGCUCCAGGCGCGGCCCUUCCACCUGGCGCUGUUCCAUCGACGACCCCGCCUCUUCCUGCCCGGCGUCCACCGGUAUGUGCAGCACAUCCAGCAGGUGGAUGGCUAUUUGGGCGCGUAUCGUGGCCUAACCGCUCGCCUGGCCGCCUGCACGGUGGACUUCCUGCUCGGCGAUGUCCUGCUGGCCGUCCUGCACUUCGGUCCCUACAAGCGGGGUGCCAAGGAGGAGCUCAGCCUGAAGGAGUUCUGGUGGAACCUGACGAGGGACAGCAUCCGCUUGGCCACCGCAGUGGCGCUGUCGCAACCCUUUUAUGUGGUGAUGGUGCGCCAGAUAGCCCAGUUUGUGGGUCGCGAACGCGUCUACGAGGGAGUCCUGGCCAGCCUGAUGGUGCUGUUGAAGAGCGAAGGAUAUGCGGGACUGUUCGCUGGCAUUGUGCCACGCCUCCUGGGCGAGUGGGCCGUCCUGGCCGUUACUAGCUGUGUGAGCCACCUGUGCCAGCGACUCCUGCCGAUGAGCCGGAACCAGCAGCAGUACAAUGCCGUGAUCAUCCAGAUGCUGGCCAGCCUGCUGAUGUAUCCCCUGGAGGUGACCUCCGCCUGCAUGGCGGUCACGGGAGCACCACUCGCCGCCUGCGAGCCGCCGAGCAUGCCGCUCUACAACCACUGGGCCGACUGCCUCACGGAUCUCUACGCCCGCGGGGGCCACAAUCGGGGGGCCAUUCUCUUCUGGCGCACGGUGCCCAGGAUCCAGUUGCGGCGACGUCAGGAUGGCCUAAUGCUAUGAACUUUGGAGGAGCAAAGGAGGGGGGAGGUAUAAAAAAAGAGAGUCGAGAAGCUAAGAGAAUGAAGAGUUGAGGAGUGGAGACAAAGAGCUCAGAAAUCGAAGGUACAAGAUACGGAAAUUGAAAGGAGGAGAGUUUGAAGUGGAGCGAAAAGAGUAAUGUGAAGUAAAGAGAAAGUACGGAAAUUGAAGAGUGAAGAAACUGAAAAGGCAAGAAAGUGGAGAGUGAAGCAACUGAAUAGGGAAAAAAGUGGAGAGUAAAGCAUCUUAAGAAGGAAGAAUGUGGAUAGCAGAACACUGAAGAAGGAAGAAAGGUAGGAGUGAAGAAACUGAGGAGGGUAGAAAGUAGUCAACUGAUGAACUGAAGACUAAAGGAACUAAAGAGGAUGAUAUUAAGGAGUGAAAAAACUGAAAGAAGAUUAAACUGUAGAGUGCUGAUGCUUAAAAUUAAAGAGUAUGUACAGUUAAGAAAAUUUCGAAAUACUUGUAAGUGAAGAAAAUUUAGAGUAAAAAUACUGAAAAGUGAAAUAGCUGGAGAGUGAAGAAAUUGGAGUUUUACAAUUAAAGAUCCUGCAGAAGGGGGAAUUCUUUUCUAGUCUAAAAAAAACGGAAAAUAGGAAAUAAUACAACAAAUAAAUAAUGAUAAAGAAUUUUAAACGUUUUCCUUUCAAGAUAUGAAAGGAAAGAAAUAGUCAAGAUAAUAAUAAGAAUGGUUGUGGAGUGGUGGCGAUUGCAAGAGGUGAAGUGAAGUGAAAAAAAUAUAUGUGGCAAAUAAUGAGGCAGAGACUGGAGAACGGAGAGCAGAAACUACAGCACCCAAGACGAUCAUCGAUCAUGUGCUGCUCGAUUGCUAAACUUUCGAUAAAAUGUCGAGAGAAAUUUGUCGUUAUUCUAUAAUUGUGAUUUAGA